UGGAUGACAGAAGUAGAAGCAAAAGAAGCGGGUGGUAGCGGUCAAGCGGCACGUCAUCACAUUAGUACCUAUGCCGACUGCAACGUGAACAUUCCACCACACGUCUGUGAUCAAGCAGAAUCUGAUAAAAACCGUUCAGGUCGUUCUACUUGACGAGAACUCCGCGCACACACGAACCCUUGUGAAACUGUUAUGGCGGCUACCAAAGAUUUCGUCUCAAAACCACGCCCAUCGAAAAUUGUCAGACUAUCAUUGGUUAAAUUCCCUGCCACGAGAUACAACACCUACAGCAUCCGAUCCAACCGACCGCUAUCUGCUAAUAAUCCUUGUCAGGAAAAAUGCAGUAGAGACCACCGUAGCACUGCUAAUGCCGUGUAAUUACCAUGCAAUAGGAUUCUCGUACAGUUGCGGCUGCAGCACGAUCACGGUCGCGAGCGGUCGCAAUAGGUCUUAACUUUGCGCUAAGCAAAUAGUUUGCGCCAACCUGCGCUGUAGACUGUCCCAACACGGUGGUGCGAAAAAAAGCUUAUAGCGGUGGUGUCCUAACAGUGUGUUGGAGGAUGGCACCCAAGCAACUUGGAUCAUUACUCUAGAUCCAAUUGAGUUUGUGGCAGCUGCAUACCUAUGAUAAUACAAGAAACUUCACUCUAAGAUAAAUUAUAGAAUAACAAUACUAGAGUGCAUUGAUAGACAUCGACUGAAUUGAAGACUUUGAGUAUUGAAUUGGCUGACUCAUCAUUUCACAAUGAUGAAUGUUACGAUGACAUUUUGCCCACCAAAUAUCAGUUUUUUUGAAAUUUGGGUCAAUCAUGGCAUGUCCAAGUGUUUUAUGGAAACUGUCAACACUUCUCUUAUAUCGUUUUGUCUUCUAUUGUUUGGUACUAUUCAAUUAUGGAUGUACAGAAAAUAUUCGACAGAAAUGGAUGGAAAUUUACUGCCAAAAAGUAGAUUAUAUAAUAUUCAAAAGAUCCUGUUGUAUUUCAUGCCAGUUCUUAGUCUUGUGAGAUUGAUUUUGCAAGCCACAGUCCUGUAUGAUAAGACCAUCUAUGGUUACAUGAUUCUGUCAACAAUAUUGAAAACAAUAACGUAUCCUUAUUCAGUUCACAUAUUGAGAGUCGAACGGUACAAAUUAUUGCCAAGUGUUCCAACUAAAGGUCAUGGAUUGGUAUUACUUGGAUUUUGGACACUGAAUUUCAUAGCAGAAAACUUGGUUAUUAUAAACAUUGGUAGACUGGAAUGGUGGUUCCAUUUGAAUUCUUUAAGCGAUCAAGUAGAAAUGUCUCUGUUCGUUCUACGAUAUACGACUAGUUUGCUAAUUUUUGCUCUGGGACUCAAGGCCCCAGGGAUUAGUGGUAACUCAGUAGGUGAAUAUCGGUCCAUUAAUGAUGAUACCAGUCAACGACUAAGAUUCCGCCAAAAUCGCCUUGAUGAAAACUCAUCGACGUGGAGAAAUGCCUGGCACAAGAUAAAAACUUUAUCACCAUUUCUUUGGCCAAAAAAAGAUUUUCUGUUACAAUUUAGAGUCUUGUUCUGUUUUCUGUUACUUGCCCUUGGACGAGUAAUAAACUUGUAUGUACCAAUAUACAACAAAAAAAUUGUGGAUAGUGUGACAGAUGUUCCAAUUCAAUUCAGAUGGGACUUGGUGCUCAUUUAUGUUGGAUUCAAGUUCUUACAAGGAGGUGGAACUGGUGGCAUGGGUCUCCUAAAUAAUCUCAGGUCCUUUUUAUGGAUAAGAAUUCAACAAUUUACGACUCGUGAAGUGGAGGUUGAACUGUUCAGACAUCUACAUGGUUUAAGUCUACGCUGGCAUUUAGGCCGGAAAACUGGAGAGGUUUUGCGGAUCAUGGAUCGUGGAACGGACUCGAUUAACAACUUAUUGAAUUACAUCCUGUUCUCGAUAGCUCCAACCAUUAUCGAUAUUAUUGUAGCUGUUGUGUUUUUCGUUAGUUCAUUCAACAAAUGGUUUGGUUUAAUUGUUUUCACAACAAUGGUGUUAUACAUCGCUGCAACAAUCGGAGUAACGGAAUGGCGUACAAAGUUUCAGCGUCGUAUGAAUCUAGCUGACAAUGCACAGAAGGCUCGUAGUGUUGACAGUCUACUGAACUUUGAAACUGUCAAAUAUUACGGUGCGGAAGCUUAUGAGGUUCAGAGUUAUAAAGAAGCUAUAUUGAAAUAUCAAGUAGAAGAGUGGAAGUCUAUGAUUACUUUAAAUAUCUUAAAUACAAUUCAAAAUGUAAUUGUAUGUGGUGGAUUACUUGCUGGAUCUCUCCUGUGUCUACACAUGGUUGUUGAUGGACAGGGAUUAACUAUUGGUGAUUACGUACUUUUCGCGAGUUACAUCAUACAAUUGUACGUCCCUCUCAAUUGGUUUGGUACAUAUUACCGAGCAAUUCAGAAAAACUUCGUGGAUAUGGAGAAUAUGUUUGAGCUUCUGAGAGAAGAACAAGAGGUAAUUGAUGCUCCCGGUGCUGGACCUUUAAUUAUCAAGCGAGGUGGGGUAGAAUUUUCAAACGUAUCAUUUAGUUACACUCCCGAACGAAUGGUUCUACGAAAUAUCAGUUUCGUGGCUCCGGCGGGCAAGACAAUAGCACUUGUGGGACCAUCAGGAGCAGGGAAAUCUACCAUCAUGCGACUAUUGUUCAGAUUUUAUGAUGUAGAACAAGGGGCUAUUAUGAUUGAUGGGCAAAAUCUUAAGACUGUUACACAAGAUACAUUGAGAAAAGCUAUUGGUGUUGUGCCACAGGACACCGUGUUAUUCAAUAAUACUAUAAAAUACAACAUUCAAUAUGGAAAAGUCGAUGCGCCCGAAGCUGAUGUAAUUGCGGCAGCUAAAAAUGCAGAUAUUCACGAGCGGAUUAUGACUUUCCCAGAAUUUUACGAAACAAUGGUUGGUGAACGAGGUUUACGGCUAAGUGGUGGAGAAAAACAACGAGUGGCAAUCGCUCGUACUAUUCUGAAAGCACCUAAAAUAGUUCUUCUAGACGAAGCUACCAGUGCCCUCGACACACAGACCGAGCGUACGAUUCAAUCAGCCUUGAAUCGCGUCUGUGCUAAUCGGACAACUAUCAUAGUCGCGCAUAGAUUGUCGACUAUCAUUCACGCCGAUGAAAUAUUUGUAAUCAAAGAUGGUGAAAUUGUUGAAAGGGGUAGACACGAAGAAUUAAUUUCAUACGGUGGCGUGUACCAUGAUAUGUGGCAAGCGCAACUACAAAACGAUCAAGAACAUAAUGACGAGAUCCUGCCGAAUGGCAACUUAUCGAUAGAUGAAGAAGACAGAAAGACAUCGUAGCUACAAAGCUUGUAGAAAAAUUUUCUGUUUGUAGUAACUGUAUUCACACCUGACAGUACUUUUGAAAGAGAGAUACGCAAUUCCAAUAAAUAUUGAUAUUUUGGGAUUUCCGCAUCCUAUUUCAUGGAUUCGACCAAACUAGGAGAUUUAAGAGAUUUUUUUAAACAUUAUUUUAUGUUGACAAUGUUACACUUGUUAAUGAAAAUGUUGGAAACAUUUUUUGUACUGUUAUCGAGGGAGUAAGAAUAUCCUUGUGUUCUACUUUGAA